AUGUCGAAAACUCUCUUUGAUAUCGUCUCCGACUUCCCAUACUACGAGGAGGCACCAGCCCGCUUCACCGACACGCUCAAAUCCUACCAUGCAUUCAAAGUACAAGGCAUCGAUGCAAUUCUCGGCUACAUCCCAAACACCCUUGUACAGAGCAUUCCCUGGCCAAAAGAACAUUGGAUGAUCGACUGCGGGGCAAUUGUCCUACUGAACCCCCCAGACAAUGCAGUGUCCACACACACUCAAAUCAUCCAAAACGCAAUCAAUAGGAUGAUCGAAGCCGGGUACACAGACAUCCUGAAAGGCUGGCGCAACGAGAGAUUCCCUAUCUACGGUCCCAGCGGCGACGUGAUCCUGGAGAUUGAGCGGUCCGCGAGCUCACUAUUCGGUAUUGUAACGAGCGGUGUGCAGAUGCUUUGUUAUGUUAAGGAUGCAAAAAACGGCAUUCGCCUCUGGAUUGCCAAGCGCUCUAUGCGGAAGCAGACCUAUCCAGGUAUGUUGGACUGCACUGCCGCCGGGGCCCUGAGCGCGGGAGAGUCGCCGCGAAGUGCCAUGAUGCUCGAGGCUACGGACGAGGCAUCUAUCGCGCGUGAGAUUAUCGAGAGUGGCAUGAGAUAUGUCGGGGCUAUCUCGUAUUUCCACAUGAAAGUCUCGUCUAUCGCUUUGAGCGAGGGGUCCUCGACGGCUGUUCUGCUACCCGAGGUCGAAUACCUAUACGAGCUUCAGCUGGACGAAGGUACUGUUCCCCGGCCGAAGGAUUCGGAGGUGGAAGACUUUCGGCUUUGGAAUGUGGACCAGGUGCUGGACGCCUUGGGCAGGGGAACGUUUAAACCGAAUAGUGCGGUUGUGGUGAUCGACUUUUUAACUCGCCACGGUGUCAUAACACCCGAGACGGAGCCAAUGUGCAAAGAUAUCAUAAGGAGACUGCAUCGCCGGCUACCGUUUCCUACAGCAGACUGGUCUACAUAA